AUGGGAUUUGAAGACAAGAAAAUGCAGAGACAGAGACACAAGCGUUCGAAGAGUUGCAAUGUUCUUGAAAAGAAGAGGCUUGAAGAGGAUAAUAGCAUUGAUUGUUCUCUGAAUCCUUCUCAACGCUUCAAGCUCGACUUACCUCGCUGCUGCGAUAAAUCUGUCGAAACAACGAAGAAGAAUUUAUUGCCGGAUGUAAAAGUCCAGAGCUCUCUGAAGCAAGAGAUUCUAGAGCUUGAGAAAAGAUUACAGAACCAGUUCGAUGUCCGUGGUGCUUUAGAGAAGGCAUUAGGCUAUAAAACACCUUCUCGAGACACUAACAUGAAGCCCGACUCUACUCAAAAGCCUCCAACAGAAUUGAUCAAGGAAAUCGCUGUGCUAGAGUUAGAAGUUUCACAUUUGGAACAGUACCUUUUAUCUUUGUACCGUAAAGCAUUUGAUCAACAAACAUCUUCCGUAUCUCCAACAUCGAAACAACAGAGCUCGAGUUCACCUAAAUCAACUCUCAGAGGAAAACGUCUAGACUUCUCAAGAACACCUGAUUCUCGUUGUUUCUCCUUUGACAACAGACUGAACAGUCCAUGUUUGGUCAAGAAGGAACCAGAUUCACCUAGCUUUAGAGGCAGACAAGAAAACUCAGCCACGGAAUCUCGUUGUUUCUCAUUUGACAAAAGACUGAAGGAACCCGGUUCUACUGCUCGUCAAUUCAAUCAAGAAAGCUCAAGAAUGGAUUCUCAGUGUUUCUCCUUUGACAAUAGACUGAAGGAACCUUGCUCUGCUGCUCGGCAAUUCAAUCAAGAAAACUCAACGAUUGAUUCCCGGUGUUUCUCCUUUGACAAUAGACUGAAAGAUCAAUGUUUUUCCGAGAAGGAGGACAUCGAUUCAUGUGUUCGCCGCUGCCAAUCCUCGCUUAAUCAACGUUCCACGUUCAAUAAUCGAAUAUCUCCACCAGAAGACUCGGUAUUUGCCUGCCACUCCCAACCAUUGAACAUAAAAGAAUACAUACAAAACGGAUCAAAUACCGCAAGUCUUGCACAGCACAUGGGAACUCGAAUAUCCGAUCACAUAUUUAUGACUCCAAACAAGUUAUCAGAGGAAAUGAUAAAAUGUGCAUCAGCUAUAUACUCCAAGCUCGCAGAUCCACCAUCGAUAAACCACGGCUUCUCAUCUCCAAGUUCAUCUCCAUCAUCAACAAGCGAGUUUUCGCCGCAUGACCAAUAUGAUAUGUGGAGUCCAAGCUUCAGAAAAAACUCGUCUUUCGAUGACCAAUUUGAAUUCAGCGGACCAUAUAGCUCAAUGAUCGAAGUGUCAGUCAUUCAUCGAAACCACAGGAAAGGACGUGACCUUGACCUGAUGAACCGAAACUUCAGCUUGCUUAUUAAGCAACUGGAAAGUGUUGAUCCCAGAAAGCUGACACAUCAAGAGAAACUGGCGUUCUGGAUUAACAUACAUAACGCACUUGUGAUGCACACAUUUCUUGCAAAUGGGAUUCCACAGAACAACGGGAAGCGGUUCUUACUGCUCUCCAAGCCAGCUUACAACAUAGGAGGUCGCAUGUUAAGCAUAGAAGCGAUACAAAGUUAUAUUCUUCGCAUCAGGAUGCCUCGUCCUGGCCAGUGGCUGAAGUUAUUACUCAUUCCGAGAAAGUUCAGAACGGGAGAUGAGCAUCAAGAAUAUUCCCUUGACCAUUCUGAAUCACUCUUAUACUUUGCCCUUUGUUCAGGCAACCAUUCUGAUCCAGCGAUUCGUGUUUAUACGCCCAAGGGAAUAUACCAAGAGCUAGAAACCGCAAAAGAGGAGUACAUACGCGCAAUGUUUGGGGUUAAAAAAGACCAAAAACUAGUCUUACCAAAGAUCAUUGAAUGUUUUAGCAAAGACUCGGGUUUGAGUCAAACGGCAUUGAUGGAGAUGAUUCAAGAAUGUCUCCCUGAGACAAUGAAAAAAACCAUAAAGAAACUUAACUCAGGGAGAUUCCGAAAGAGCAUUAUCGAAUGGACGCCUCAUAGUUUCGGGUUUCGGUAUUUGAUAGCCAGAGAACUUGUUAGAUGA